UAAGAAAUAUGAUUUCUAUCUCGAUAGACGGACCAAACGUCAACUGGAAAUUUUUGUCAAUGCUCCAACAGGAACAUGCAGAGGCAUUUGGAAGUGCCCAGCUGAUUGUGGUGGGGAGCUGUGGGCUUCACACACUCCACAAUGCCUUCAAAUGUGGCUUCAGUGUCUGGCAACUGGAGAAAGUGCUCAGGGCAAUGCAUACACUCUUUCAUAAUUCCCCUGCUAGAAGAGAAGAUUUCUGCACUUUGACCAAGACAUCUGUGUUUCCCCUAUCAUUCUGUGGGCAUCGCUGGAUAGAAAACCUACCUGUCGUCGACAGGGCUAUUGCAUUAUGGCCAAUGAUCGUGAUGUAUGUAGAUGCAGUGACACAGAAAAAACUUCCAAGCCCGAGAACAUCAUCCUAUGACACUCUUGCAGAGGCACGGAAUGACCCUCUCAUAAUGGCCAAGUUGCACUUCUUCAUGGCUGUCUCUAGGAGCUUCACCACCUUUCUGACUAAAUAUCAGACAGAUGAGCCUGUGAUGCCAUUCAUCAGUAAAGAUCUGUCUGUUCUCAUGAAGAGCCUGCUGAAGAGGUUCAUCAAGGCAGAGAUCGUUGAUGACAUCACUGCACUGCAAAUGGUCAAACUGGACACAAAUGCCAAGGAAGCAAGGGUUCACGUAAAGCAUGUGGACAUUGGGUUAGGAGCAGAAGCAAUCCUAAAGGAACGCCAGAGUAGCCGCAACAGCAACGUAGGAGAGCUCAGUGUGUUGGUAUUUAGGAAGGACUGCAUGGACUGUUUGACUAACAUUGUCAAGAAAAUGCAAGACAAGAGCCCACUGAAGUACACCAUUGUGAGGCAGAUGGCAUGUUUGGACCCAAAGAACAUGUUCUCAGACCCCGGCUUGUGCUGUGAGAGAAUGAAAGGAGUGGUUCAGAGGUUUCUGCAUGAUCACCAGCUGUCAGGAGGCGUCUCUGCCGGUGAUGUGAUUGUCCAGCAAUUUGGAAAUUUCUUGUCUCUGGAGGCAAAAAAUGAAUCAUUCUCUUCUUUCCAACCCAUGCGAACACGACUGGAUGUUUUCUUGCAUGGAUUCCUCCAUCAAUCCUACCCUGAACUCUGGGCUUUCUCCAGGAAACUUCUGCUCCUCUCCCAUGGCCAAGCAACGGUUGAGAGGGGCUUUUCUGUAAAUAAGGAGAUAGAAGCUGAUAACAUGAAGGAAGACACAGUGGUUGCUCAGAGGAUGAUCUGUGACUAUGUCUCUGUCUGUGGGGGGGUUCUCAAAGUACCUCUGACAAAGGAGCUUAUGGCAGCUGCAGCUUCAGCGAGGUCUCAGUAUCGGCUACACCUGGAACAGGAAAAGAGAAAGCAUGCGAGCACUGCACUAAGAGAAAAGUUGCAGAAGACUACCUUGAGCAGCUCAAAAAGAAGAAGAAGAUACUGA